GGCUGCACCACAGCCAUGCAGAUGCCUUCGGGUGCUACCGCGGCCUUAGCGGUAUUGCUAGGCACGCUCCUCGUGUUCUGCCCUCUUAAGUCCGAGGCUCAAGACGCGACCUCAUCGUCCACGUCGUCUUCGCCCACCACAGCAACCCCGGCAUCGCAAACGACCACGCAGUCACCCGCAGGCGGCAAGCCAGCAAACGUCAAGCAAGACCUGAUAGACUGGUUGCUGGACGCCAUCGACCCCUACCAUGAGACAGAGUUUGAAGGCUAUGACGGAUGGUACAACAAUCCAAGCGUUCCGGAGCUGGGAUCAGCAGAUGGACAUCUCAUCCGGCUGUUCCCGCAGCAGUACUCGGACGGCUCGUACAGGCCGAAUGGUCAGAAUCGGCCGAACCCUUUCACGAUCAGCGAGAAGACCAUGCGAGGAAACUUCGGAGAACAGCUGUCGAGGACGGGAAAGACGGCGUUCCUUGUGUUUUUCGGCCAGCAAGUCGUGGAGGAGAUCCUAGACGCGCAGAGGUCAGGCUGCCCACCGGAGUACUUCAACAUUCCCAUACCGGAGAGUCACGAGUACCGCAACAUCGGCGCUGCCGCCAUGCCUUUUCUGAGAACUCGCUACGACGUACGCACGGGAAACUCGCCCAACAACCCGAGGCGACAGAUCAAUGAAAUCACCCCGUGGAUCGACGGCGGCCUAACGUACGGCACUUCGAAGACGUGGGCCGACACGCUUCGGGCGUUUCGAUGCGGAAAGCUGGCCUCCUCGCACAACGGCCAGUUCCCAGUCGAGAACAGCAUCCGGCUGCCCAUGGCCAAUCCGCCUCCACCGCGGUUCCACCGGCUGCGGCCCGUAUCACGCUUCUUCCGAUUGGGUAACCCGAGAGGCAACGAAAACACUUUCCUGCUUACCAUGGGCACACUGUGGUUUCGAUUCCACAACGCCGUAGCCCAGAGGAUGUGCCAGAGGUUCGGCACAGCGAACGCGGGGUCUAACAACUCGUCGUCGUUGAACCUGUGGAACGAGGAGCGCAUCUUCAACGAAGCCAGGAAAUUGGUCAUUGCAGUACACCAGCACAUAAUUAUGAACGACUGGCUUCCUGAAUGGCUCGGGUCUCCAUUGCCUGAAUACAAUGGGUGGGACUCCAGCAUUGAUCCAGGGAUUGCUACGGAAUUCCAGUCUGCUGCCAUGAGAUUUGGACACACAUUAGUGACGUCAGGCGGCUACAGGAGAGGUCCUGCUUCGGAUUGUACGGUGCGCAACGUCAGCUUCGAGAUGGACGGACAGAGGCACAGCGUGAGCGGUGUACGCACGUGCAACUCCUUUUGGAACCCGCAGGAAGCUCUGUUGGAUGGCGGUAUUGAGCCGAUGAUUAUGGGCCUCAGCUCCCAGGCCGCAGAACGGGAAGACAACGUCAUCGUCGAAGACUUAAGGGGGAGAGUGUUCGGUCCACUGGAGUUCUCGCGGCGCGACCUGAUGGCGGUGAACAUCCAGCGAGGCAGGGACCACGCCAUUCCGGACUACAAGACAGCGCGCCGCCUGCUGGGCCUGAAACCGGAUUUCAACACAUUCACCGAGAUGGGCCAGAACAUAUCGCCCAUGCUUUACGCCGAGAAUGCGAAGCUGUUCGACGAGGUGCUUCCCGAUCUGUACGGCAACUCGACGGACAACGUGGACAUGUGGGUUGGAGGCCUGCUGGAGACGAGCGACCGGCCCGGCCCGCUGUUUCAAACCAUCAUCCGUGACCAGUUCCGAAGGAUCCGAGACGGGGACCGCUUCUGGUUCGAGAACAACGCCACCGGUUUCUUUUCGCAGGAGAUGAUUGACAAGAUCAAGAAGCUGAAAAUAUACGACGUAAUCCUAACGGCCACGGAGAUCUCUGAAGGAGAUAUUCAGCUCAACCCGUUCCGCCUGCCUUCUGAAGUCAACGGAGGACUGGCGUCGUCGUGUCUGGACCAACUGACGAUGAGCUACCCGUGCACCACGAUUAACAACGUGAACGUCACCUGCCGCGCGUUGCCGCCGCUCAACAGCUCUCGGGUCGAGAACUGCACGCGGCUGAAGACAUUCGACUACUUCAGCGAGAGCGAGAUCUCGUACGCGCUCACCUUCCUCGGCCUCGCGCUCUUCGUUGUGGGCUGCGUGCUCCUGCUCCUAUUCCUGGCGGAUCAGAGAAGACGGUUGGUGGCCGAGGAGCGUAAAAAGCUCAACAGGCGCCGCUCACGCUCGGGCACCAAGGACACCGCCAUCUUGCGCGAGUGGCAGGGUAACAGCCAGGGCUACCGGAGCGUGGUUGCGCGCCUGAUGGUUGACAAGAGAACCCUGGUUUUGGCCAACGCGGCCAGCGGAGCACCCCUGCGCAGCAUCGACUUGACUAAGGUCCAGUCGGUCGUCAUCCAGGUGGCGUCGUCCAAGCGUCGCCACUUCCUGAUGAUCAGGGUGCCCAAGGAAUACGAUCUGGUGCUCAAGUUUGACGCCCUGGACGAGAUGGAGUCGUUCGUGCUGCGAGUCGAGGAGUUCCUCGGAAACAUCGGCGUGGGCCGCGAGAGACGCCAGCUGGAGGAGAGCGUGCUGCUGCGAGACGCCAUCACCCUCGAGCAUCGAAAGAAGCAGCUCGACAAGUUCUUCCGAGUUGUCUUCGCUCAGGCGUUCGGCAUUGAUCACGACCAGAAGGAGAUCCUACAGCUCGAUGCCGCUCAGGCACGCGACAUCGUCAACCUGGAGCUAACGCAAGCCGAGUUCGCCGCUGCCCUCUCGAUGCACCCGGACUCGACGUUCGUCCAGCAGAUGUUCGCCUUAGUCGACUUCGACAACAACGGCUACAUCUCGUUCAGAGAAUUCCUCGACAUGAUUGUCAUCUUCGCAAAAGGAACGGCGGAGGACAAAACGAAGCUCAUGUUCGACAUGUACGACAUCGACCACUCGGGAAAACUGUCACGCGACGAGUUUGCGAACAUGAUCAAAUCCCUGCUAGAGCUGGGCAAUCAAAGUUUGUCUUCGGAGAAGCUGAACGAACUGAUAAGCUCCAUGUUUAGAGAAGCCGGAUUGGAGAAGAAGCAGACCAUCACACUGGAAGACUUCCAGAAGUUGCUUUCCAGUCACAAGGACCAGCUCGGUUAUACGCAGCUUAACUUCGACGUGUCUACAUUCAAAGGGGCACCUCCACCGUCGAUGAACAGAAACAGCGUCGUCUACCGCGCCCAGAACACCCUCGUCCGGGCUUACAGUUACUUCGGCGGCAAGAGUGAUGCACCGACGGCCGCUGCCGCGCUGGCUGCUGAGGCGACGGGUCAGCCUACUCGCAGCCGGUUGAACGUACAGCCGCUGGCGCUGCCCCGCAAGGCCAACUACGAGCAAGAAUCGGCCUUGUCUCGCUACUUGGUCGCACUGGGAAAGUUCGUCGAAAACCACCGACUCGAGAUGUUCUGGCUCACCCUGUACACCCUCGUGCUGUUUGCCAUCUUCAGCGAGCGAGCCUACUACUACUCGGUGGAGCGCGAACACGGCGGCCUCCGGCAGAUCGCCGGCUACGGCGUCACCAUCACACGUGGCGCCGCCAGCGCCCAGAUGUUCACCUACUCAACGCUGCUGCUCACCAUGUGCCGCAACAGCAUCACAUUCCUGCGCGACACCUUCUUGCACCAAUACGUGCCCUUCGACUCGGCCAUUCCCAUGCAUCUGUACAUAGCCAUCUGGGCCGGAAUCUUCUCAAUUAUACACAGCGUGGGUCACGCCCUGAACUUCUACCACAUCUCCACGCAGACUGCGGACGACCUGACGUGUCUCUUCAGGGAGUAUUAUCACGCGACGGACGAACUACCGAAGUUUCACUACUGGUGCUUCGCCACCAUGACAGGCUUGACGGGAGUGUUCCUGUUGAUGCUGCUGUCGGUGAUGUACGUGUUCGCGACGCCGUUCGCACGGCGUCACGUGUUCAACGCGUUCUGGAACACGCACAACCUGUACCCGGCCUUCUACAUCCUCAUGGUGCUUCACGGCCUCGGGCGCCUGGUGCAGCCGCCGAUCUUCUACUACUUCUUCCUGGGACCCCUUGUGUUGUACGUCCUCGACCGGCUGGUCUCGCUCAGUCGCAAGAAGGUCGAGAUCUCGGUCAUCCGCGCCGAACAUUUACCGUCCGACGUCACCAUGCUGCUAAUGAAGCGUCCGCCCAACUUCGAGUACCGCAGCGGCCAGUGGGUACGCAUCGCCAGUUUGGGCCUCAACGGUUCCGAGUACCACCCAUUCACACUUUCCUCGGCGCCGCACGAGGACAACCUGAGCGUGCACAUACGAGCGCUGGGCCCGUGGACCAUCAACCUGCGCAGGAUCUACGACCCCAGCAACUUGCCGGACAAAGGCUACCCCAAGAUAUACCUGGACGGUCCGUACGGUGGAGGCCACCAGGACUGGUUCCGCUUCGAAGUGUCCGUGCUUGUGGGUGGAGGCAUCGGCGUCACGCCGUUCGCCUCCAUCCUUAAGGACAUCGCGCAGCGGGCCUCGAGUCGUGCCGGGGGCCGCGUGGCGUGCAAGAAGGUCUACUUCAUCUGGGUUACGCGAACCCAAAAACACUUCGAGUGGAUGACCGACAUCAUCCGCCAGGUCGAGGAGCGAGACGCGAAGGGCUUCGUGAGCGUGCAUAUCUUCAUCACGCAGUUCUACCACAAGUUCGACCUAAGGACUACCAUGCUGUACAUUUGCGAGAGACACUUCCAGAGGAUAUCGAACCGGAGUCUGUUCACCGGGUUGAGGGCAAUCACCCACUUCGGGCGACCGGACUUCUCUGGCUUCUUAGACUCGCUGCAGGUCGAGCACCCUACGGUUUCGCGGUUCGGCGUGUUCAGCUGUGGCCCGUUCCCCAUGACGCGCAGCGUCCAGGCAGCGUGCGACGAGUUGAACCGAAAAGAGGGCGCCCUUUUCGACCACCACUACGAGAACUUCUGAGACGUCACCGCUGCGU